AUGGCACCGCCACAGCGGCGAAGGCAUAAGGAGCAGCGGCGCUUUCCGCCUACCGGUCCUCAUCCUCCCUCUCCCCCCUCUGCCUUCCCCGCGGCACUCUCCAAUAUGGCCGUCGCCCAGAUCUGCCUCUCAACCGGCUAUACUGCCGCGGAGCCCUCCGCCCUUGGCGCGCUCUCCGACGUCGCCGGUCGUUACAUCCUGGCUCUGGGUCGCUCCGCCGCCCACAUCGCUGCUGCAAACGGCCGGACCGACGCUAACAUCCUCGACCUCGUCCGGGCGAUCGAGGACCUAAGCGCCGCACACGGCUUCGCCGGCGCCGCCGACCCGACAGGGCCGCCGCUGCGGUCAGGCGCGCUUAGUGGGCUCAUGGCGUUCGUGCAGUCGGUAGACGAGGUCCCCUUCCCGAGGCCCAUCCGGAGGGACGGUAAUCAAGAAACACCAGGGAAUCAAUGGACGAGCUUCGCGGCGGCGGGGCGGGAGCCGCCAUUCCGGCACGUGCCGCGGUGGUUGCCGUGCUUUCCGGAGGAGCAAUUGGGAGAAGAAGGGAAAGGGAUCGGAACGAGGGAGGAGGUGGAGAAGGAGAGGAUGGCGAUGGUGGUGACGGACGGCGUCGGGGGAGGCGAAGGGAAGAAAAUAGUGGAAUUACCGGCCGAGAGGGGAAGGGUUAGGUUUCGACUCAGUGGUAAACAGAAGAGGAGACGGAGGGAUUAGAAUCGUAGAUUUUGAUAUUUAAUUUAUUUUAUGAGCCUAUGAAAGAGAAGCAGUAGUGAUUCGAACCCGUGAUGCGGCGCAAAACAACCUCCUAAGAAGCACCUCUAUGCUUGUGCGGAAUCUGUUUGGGAUUGUUUG